AUGGCCCUGGACGAAACCAACUCACUGUCUCGGCUCUUUGAACAAUUUCCUGGCUAUGAAAAGUUUACCUCGCACAUCACAAGUGUCACAUCAUCCUUCGUUCUCCCAUUCUUGUACAUUACCGACCGCCGCAAUCCGCGCAUCACAGCCUCACUGCUCAAUCAGAUCUAUCGCAAUAGUGGAGACUAUUCUCUUACACAUUUUGCGCACAUAAACGCGACCGCUUGUUUUACAGCGCGGUUGUUGUAUGAUACCGUACUUAACGCACUCGCAGGAUGGGAAGUGACCUGGGAGAAUGGAUGUCAAAAUUGGCCUGGUGAGGAUGGGAAAAGGUACAACGACAAUAUUGAUAGCUUUUUACAUGGGCUGCGGAAUCUACACAACAAAUCCUGGGAAGGAAAGGGUAAAGGAAAGGAUAGAACUGUAGAUGAGGAACCGAAGAUGGUGCUCCUUAUCGAGAGAGCUGAAAGACUGAAGGACAACCUCCCGGACCUUAUCGUUCCUCUCACACGUCUCGCAGAAUUGUCACAGGUAAAAAUUACGACUAUUUUCCUGUCCUCUGUGCGAUGGGAGGAUAUCAAGCCACCUCUUGGCGCAUCCCCAGAUCCCUACUUCAUCGAUAUUGGCCCUCCAAGCAAGCAAGAUACAAUUGACAGCCUUCUUGUUGGGUUUCGUUUUACGUCCACAACACAGGCACGUAUGAACACGCAGGAUAUGACAUACCAUCCAUCGCUGCUACCGUUGUACGAACAAUAUGUGGAACACGUUUACAAUGUUUGCUCUCUCUACACAACUGAUAUCCGGGAACUGCAGUAUAUUGCCGCUGCACGAUGGCCUGGGUUUGUUAAGCCUGUGUUGCAGGAGCAAAGCGAGGCUAGUGGAGGUGGUGAACCAGACCCAGACGGAGCACGCAAUGAACUGACACUCCCUGCUUCCGACGGCCGUAUGAGAUUGCUCAAGUUCUUCACUCCUUCUCUGACGGCGGCACUCGAUGUACUCUAUCCACGCUUGACCAAUGCUACGGAUUGGGCGGUAAUCAAUGACCCUGACAUGCAAGCAUCAGAGGAGGCACAACGUCAAACAAACACGGAAGGGAGCAUCGUUGUUGACCACUUACCACGGAUGUCCAAGUUCAUCUUACUCGCGGCGUUCCUGGCCUCGACGAAUCCUGCCAAGAGUGACGUGCGAAUGUUUGGUCGCGGAGCAGAUAAGCAAAAACGGCGACGUCGGAAAUCUGUGUCGCCAAAAAAGGUCGGGGCGCAGACAACUGUUGCAAAGGUCACACAAAGACUACUUGGCCCUGUAGUAUUCCCACUGGAUAGACUUCUCGCAAUUCUUGGCGCUCUCUUGGAGGAGAAUGAUAUCGAGAACCGGCCUCACGAACCUUGCUUUGAACUUCCAGGGGAGCACACCGACACAGAAUUGGGGCGAGUGCAUAUUUACGCCGCUAUCACUGAGCUUACGUCCAUGCGUGCACUACAUCGCACAACUGCAUUUGAGAAACUAGAGGGACCGCCUAUGUAUAAAUGCGGGAUCUCAUUUGGGGUAGCAGGGGCACUUGCCAAGGACUUGCAGGAGCUCGUCUCUGGAUCUCCGGGAUUCCCUUUGCAAUUACUCGACCCAAAGCCGCUCGAGAGCUCCGCCGACCUCGAGGGUAAGGCUACUGAUAAACAGAUUGACGACCAUGUGCAACCCUCAGCUCGACUGUCAGCUUUUGCACCCACAGCUCGGAGUUCCAUCGAUGAUAGUGCGGAAUUUGACGACCCGAACCUCGACCCUUCACAUGGCCCAGAAUUUGACGAUGAGUCACCCUAUCCAGAGGUUCGGUCCGCUGUCGCAAACACAGAUGACCCGUCCAUACAUGUGACAACGCUUCGUACAUGGGUUUUAGGCUUGGCCUGGGCAAUUGUCAUGCCUGGUGUCAACCAGUUUUUCUUCUUCCGCUAUCCCAGCGUGCCCAUCACCGGCAUAGUCGCUCAGCUACUCUCGUUUCCAAUAGGCCGCUUCUGUGCUGCUUAUCUUCCUCGAAAAAAAAUCUUUGGAAUUUCACUAAAUCCUGGUCCCUUCACUAUCAAGGAGCAUGUGCUCAUAACAAUUAUGGCUUCGGUAGGCGCAACAUCUGCUUAUGCAACAGACAUUAUCGCUGUGCAAAGAGUUUUCUAUAACCAGAAAUUCAGUUUCAGUUAUCAGUGGUUUUUGGUGAUAUCAUCACAACUAAUUGGCUUCUCCACCGGGGGUGUCACACGACGGUUUCUUGUGUCGCCUCCAAGCAUGAUCUGGCCCGCGACUCUCGUCAGCUGCGCACUUUUCAACACUCUCCACUCCGAGCAGUAUACGGGUAUUGGGCGAUUGGGUGGCUUAAGCCGAGAGCGCUUCUUCGUCUAUGUUUUCACAGGCGCAUUCUUGUGGUACUUUAUCCCUGGUUAUUUGUUCCUGGCCCUUUCGUGGUUUUCUUGGGUAACAUGGAUUUGGCCUCACGACCCUGUUGUUUCACAGCUCUUUGGCUACGUCCACGGUAUGGGAAUGUCCGUGGUAACAUUUGACUGGGCCCAAAUUGCAUACAAUGGGUCACCACUAGCCAUGCCUUGGUGGGCAACGGCGAACGUUAUUACUGGCUUUGUAAUUUUCUAUUGGAUAGUGACACCCAUAUUAUAUUUUAAAAACACCUGGUAUUCUCUAUACAUGCCUAUCUCGUCAAGGACCUCCUUCGACAACACACAGAAAACAUACAAUGUCACCCGGAUAUUGACUUCAGAGGGCACUUUCAACGUGACAGCGUACAAGGAGUACAGCCCGAUAUUUAUUCCCACAGCGUUUGUGAUGUCUUACGGUCUCUCGUUUGCCUCCAUCACUGGUGUCGUCAGCAUCGAGAUUUGGCCUACCGAGAUGCCAGUUUGGGCUUUUGUCAUGGCGCUCUUGAUCGCAUUUACCUAUGUGAUUCCAUGCGGAAUGAUACAGGCAAUCACCAAUCAACAAAUUGGGUUAAACGUAAUCACAGAGCUGAUCAUCGGGCAAUUUGCUAUCCAGAUAUGCACUACCCGGCAAACCGGUGGCAAUGAUGCUGUUCAAGACCUUCGGCUAUAUCCCUUGACAUUUACGUCCGACUUUAAACUUGGUCACUACAUGAAGAUUCCUCCUCGAAAAAUGUUCUGGUGCCAGAUUGUGGCCACGUUAUUUGCUGGAACCUCGCAAUUGGGCGUUCAGUCGUGGAUGUUCGCUAACAUACCAGAUAUAUGUAGUACCACUCAAAAAGACGGUUUCACCUGUCCUGACACGGAGGUAUUUGGCACUGCAUCCAUCAUCUGGGGUGUGAUCGGCCCAGAACAUUUGUUUAGUUCUGGGCAAUUAUAUCACCCGCUAAUAUUUAACGGCACCUACAAAAUUCCCCCUGCUUCUGCGCUCAAUUAUGUACCGUGGGCGCUUGUAGGUUUCUUCUUUGAGCGCAAUUUUGCAUGGUGGACAAAAUACAAUUAUGUGUUAUCGGCGGCGCUAGAUGCUGGACUAGCUGUUUCUGUAAUCUUCAUAUAUUUCGUAUUGCAAUACCCGGCAAAUGGGUCGAUUGGGGAGAGCUUGCAACAUUGGUGGGGCAACACGGUAUAUAAUACAACUGCUGAUGGCAUGGGCACUCCGGUUCUCCAGCUACAGGGUUCAGAGACAUUCGGUCCUAGUAUAGGAUCUUGGUAG